AUUUGGAGGGCAGGGGGACAAGAGACAAAAUUAGCUCGUGCGACGGCAUCCUUUAAGAGAGGUUAAGCUGGCUGACUUCACCGAGACUGUUGGUGCAUAGCGACGGAGCACUUUCUCUUCUGCAUAAAAAGAGCAUCACCAUCAUUGCCGUAAGCAUUUAAAGCGUCCUUUCUCAGUGCAGAACACUUUGCAUGCACGGUUAAAGUAAUAAGAAAAGAAGAAGAACCCUGCUGGAUCAGACCAAAGACCCCAUUGAGUCCAGAAUCCUGUUCUCAGCUUGGACCACCAGAGCACCAUAUGAAGCCCACAAGAGGACCUCAGUACAGCAGAAAAAGGGUGCAAGAAAUUAAUCCAAACAUGGAUGUCAAAAAGCCCUUGCGUGCCAAAAAGACGAUGACUCCAAGCGCCCGAAAGCAAGUGAAGAUGCUGCGUGAAAUGAAGGCUGUCCAAGCAGCAGAAAAAAUGGCAAAUAGUACCUCCGUUGUGUAUAAUCAUGUUCAUUUAAAAAGGGCUGAAACAAGUGGCUUAAGUCAGAACUCUCUGAAAGAACCUAACCUUCAACCAAAAUCAAAAGAAACUCUGUUGCACCCUUCAACAUUAAGGGAGCCCGUAUCCAAUUUAGUUGUUAAUUCUGAAAUGAAGGCUGUCCAAGGAGCAGAAAAAUUGGCAAAUGGUACCUCCAUUGUGAAUAAUCAUGUCCACUUAAAAAGGUCUGAAGCAAGUGGCUUAAGUCAGAACUCUCUGAAAGAACCUAACCUUCAACCAGAAUCGAAAGAAACUCUGUUGCACCCUCCAACAUUAAGGGAGCCUGUAACCAAUUUAGUUGUUAAUUCUGAAAUCAGUAUUUAUAACAGUCGUCGUGAAGGAUCCCAAGAUCUUCCCUACAAGGUUUGCACUGAAGACUCUGAUUUGGAGCAAUUUCUGAAUGCUGGAGCCUUACAGGAUCUACUGUAUUAUUACCUUCAAAAAGAACCCAGUUCCUCAUCGCAUAAGCCGGUGGAAGUACACUUGAACUCUGAGCCGCUUGCCCAGCUUUCUGGCCAAUCGGAACAUGAGCUUUCAGUGACUUCUCCUAUGCGCAAGAUCCCUGCCUUAGAAAAGGUAACUGAAAUAAAAGAUGAACCACUUGUUAAGCAAACCAUGCCAGUAUUGGAACAGGAAGGCGACAGAUUCCAGUUGCUUGAGAAAAAUACUAAUUCUUCAGUACGGCCAGAUGGGGCUCCGAGGAAAAGGAGAAUUUCAGAAACUAAUGAAGGCAUCCUUUCCAAAUGCAUCAAGAAAUCCGAUGAAGCCAGAAAGGUUUGCGACAAAAGCUCAGAGAAAAGACAUAUUGCAUUGGAAAAGGUCAAAUGCUUUAUUCAAAGUCAGCUGGACAAGUCAAUGAAAACCUUGGAUCACAGGCUCGAACUUCUAAAGCAAAGAAUCGACCACACACAGUGCCUCCGGAAACAUGAAGCGAUAGCUAUUAAAAUUGUAAAGAAAAUCUCUAGGCUUGACCGACGCAUUGAUGCUGUAAUAACAAGCCAGAAGAGAGAAUCAUCUAGAAAAGCCCUCCCUACAAGACCACCUUUGCAAAUUGAAAUAAUAAAUUGCCCCAGCCCUCAACAUAGCAAUGCAAACAGCAUGCCAGCACCAUCAAAAGAGAAGCCAUCCAAUCUUAACAAAACUAUUCCUAAAAACACAGAAAGCUCUGAAGACAUUAUAUGCCUUUCUUGGGGGAAAAAAAGCUCAGACGUGGGAACAGUGAAUCCUACAGGUGUUCAACAGAAAGAAACUUCUGUAAAUGCCUCUACUUCAGCUGAAACUCCAUGCAACUCUAAGAACCCAUUAUUUAUCGAUCUGACUGAUGAAGGAGAUGACAGCAACAAAGAUGGGACACCUUCUUCUUUCCAAUAUUGUGCUACUAAGAAAACCGAUUCACCCGUAGAAAGCCUGGUCCUAAAUCAUCCUCAGCCUGUGCUGCAAACAUCAAAUGAGGUCCCUGAAGCGUUUCGGCACCUCCCUCCGUUACCGCAGGUUGAGCAGCAGCUGGAGAGCCUGUCCAGAUUCAGACAUACCCGUCCACCUCAAAAGCUGCACCUCACUGUGGUUCAGGUGGAGAAGCCCAAAGGUUUUGGCCUGCGGUGGGAGGUCAGCAAGGUGGAACCAUGGUGUGCUCCUCUAGACAGCUUCCACUUGUUCGUUUGCCUGGAGUUCGUCGGUAAAGGUGUGCCGACCCGCUGGCUUAGGGUGCGGGAUAUUAAGGCCAUGCCUCUCCCCAUGGGUUGCUCGUUAGCUCAGAUUGCUAAUUGCUCCAAGUGUUACUUUACCAUCCAGUCAAAGGACAUUUAUGGACGUUAUGGACCCUUUAGUGACAUUCAUGCCAUUUCGAUGACGUAGCUCCUGUGAGGGGGGAUCUAGGCUCCUACAGGACGUCUACUUUAUGUGUCCCUCUUCUCUCUAUGCUGCCUAUGGCUGGCGCCAGUUUCAGGAUUCCAGUUACGGUAAGGUUUGACACCUCACUUCUGAGACUUCCCGUUGACCUCUUGCCUUUCUGCGAGGGGGCGCCCUUAACAUUUUAGAUUUUGGAGGGGGGAGAGAAAGGACCUUUGGCUUUGCUGCUGUUGUUACACUACAACUCCCAUCAUCCUGGCCUGUUCACCAUACUGGCUGGGGCUGAUAGGACUUGUAGUUCAACAGCAUCUGGACUGAUUCGGCCCCUUUCCCCUGUUAGUUACAGUUCCUAUAAGCUCAGACCACCAAAACGGUCUCCCUUGCAGGCGUGCCGGGUAGUGGGGGCUGAGGAGUCUUCAUCUCCCCCCCCCCAAAAAAAAUUCAAGGAGUCUUCAGCCCCCCAAAACCCUGUGGUCCGCUCCCCCUCCUCGCCUGAUACUGCGUGGAUAGGAGGCUGAGCAUGGAGCCUGGGGGCUGCGCUCUGCCUCUUCCUGCCCAAUGCUGUGUAGGGAGAAGGCAGCCAUUUGAGCGCUGGCAUCACAGCAGCGGGGGUGGGACACCAGUGUGUCCCGGCCCGGCCCGCUAUUUGGGAGCGGACGCGUCAUGUGAUGCGCCCCCCCCCCAAUGUGGGGGGCAAGUUGACACCCCUGCUCCUUUCAAUGUAUUUUCACAUAUAUUGGCAGAAAGAGAUUCAUAAUUGCACCCAUUAUGGCCUCUUCCAGGUCUCUCUCCCACAUCACCUUUAGUGUGUCUUUAGCAGACGUGGAAGUUGGUUCCUUUUGCUUUAUAAAUUAGAAACUUGGCCUUGCCUGAAGGGCAGGUUUCAAAAGCCAUUUGUGAUGCUCCAAAGCCACCUGCACUACAAAGAUGGCAAAAAUACCCCCCUCCCAUUUUUUGCAGCUCGCAGACCUACUACAGCUUAGUUAGGGUCGCCAGUUCCUCCUUAGAACUUUUAGAUGUGGAAAACUCCAGCCAUAUCUGAUCUGCAUUCCUGGUGGCUUUUU